CUUCAUACGACUGCUACCCCUCGAGAUGGAAGCAGAGGGUGUUGCAACGACUAGUGAGCCAGCUCAGCCUUCGACCACCGAGUCGCCAUCAAAGCGCCGCCUGAGCGACGCUGAAGCCUCUGCGGCCUCUGUCGACCCUGUCGCCGAGCCCUCAUCAUCCAAGAAGGCCAAAAUGGAAGACAUCUCAGCCCCCGCCUCAACCAAACAAGAGCCCGCCGCCGACCACAUUCUGCCUACAGAGCUCGACGUCGGCAUCACCGAGUAUGUUUCCCCAGACCUAGCAGCAAUUCACGGCGUAAUCAAAGACCGCUUCACCGACUUCCAAGUCAGCGAAGUCGCCCCAGACGGGACCGUCUGCCGCAUCACCGAUCUCGACCCACCCGCGCCUUCUUACGAGGGAGCUGUAGACUUGCGCGAGCAGCUCAGGACCGAGAAAGAGGAGCGUGAUGACCCAACCGGAGAGUUGAAGGCCAAGAGGCUCGAGAGGGAGAAGGCGGAAAGGGAAGAGAUGAAGGCAAAGAGGCAGGAGGAGCAGGAGAAGAACAGGGAAAUGGCUGCCAGGAAGGAUGUGGUCUGGGGCGAUGAGGAUGUGGAGAUGGAGAUGGAAAGCAAACUUAUCGAGCUCGUAGGGCAGAGGGUCAGGGAUGAGGUCAAGGCGCUUUGGGAGCAGGGACCCGAGGGAUUCGAGAAGCCAGCCGCUCAGCCUCAAGCAGAAGGUGAAGAAGCCGCCCAAGCAGCGACAGAGUCGGUGUCUGCUACACGCGGCAGUGAUCGUGGUCGAGGCCGCGGCAGAGGAGGCAGAGGAGGACGUGGCGGUGGUCGAGACAACAAGGACGGUCGACCGCGAGGUGUGGUGCGCGACAAUGGCGACACACGCAAGGUCAUCACAGAUGCUCUGACCAAGGAGACGCGUGGCCAGAUCCAUCACAUCGUUCGCGAGAUGUUCAGGGGACGACUUCUCACCGACACAGUUGAGUCCAAGCCUACGGCUGCUCCGAAGCCCAAGAAGGGUGAAGCAGCAGAGAUCGACGAGGAUGCCCUCAUGAACGCAGCCCAGGCACCUGAGCCGGCAGUAGCAGAGGCUGCCACUUCUACUCCAGCGUCAUCCAUGAUUGCGAUUCGCUGGAAUCCCAGCCCAACAGGCAAGGACCCUCGUCGCCUGGGUCCCUCCCAUGCCAAUCGUCAUCCAGGUGAAGCCGCUUUACCUCCCUACGUUCACUUCCUUCUGCAAAAGACCAACCGCGACUCGCAAGACGCAACCAACAUUCUUGCCCGCGCUCUGCAGCUCGGUGGUGGCGGCGGUGCUGGUCCCUCCCUUGCCAUGCUGAACAAGGCCGCAAGUAAGGAGCUGACCGUUGCGGGUACGAAAGACAAGCGCGGUGUCACUGUGCAGAGGGUCAGCUUACGCCGCGGCAAGAAGACGGCAGAGGACGUGUGGAAGGCUGCGAAUGGGGUUGGGAAAGAGGUGGGAGCUGACGAUGGGCCCGGAGGUGGUCGUGGUGGACGUGGAGGGAGAGGAGGACGAGGAGGAAGAGGUCGAGGUGGCGGCAAUUUUGGCAAUCGCGACGCACCCCGCAAGACGUGCCUCGACGCCGUAUCCUCCCGCGGUGACCGAGGAAUCCGCAUAGCCCACGUCACAUACUCAGACCGCCCGCUCUUCCUAGGCGACCUCAUGGGCAAUCGCUUCAGCAUCGUCCUACGCGCCGUCACUUUCCCGGACGAAGUUGUGGUUCACCGGGCCGUUGAAGUGCUACGUACUCGCGGUUUCAUCAACUACUACGGGAUGCAGCGUUUCGGAACCUCCUCCCUUCCCUCGCACAAGGUGGGUAUCCCGCUCAUCAAGGGCGAUUUCCGAGGGGCGGUGGAGCUGCUACUUGCAGAGAGGCCGGAGGAUGUUCCUGAAGCUCGGGUGGCCAAGGCGCACUACCGCCAGGGAGGGGCACAAGCGAUGCGCGAGGCUUUCUACACCAUGCCCCGCUGGGCCGUCGCCGAGAGGGCGCUGCUGAGCAAGCUGAGUGAUGAGGAGCAGCAGAGGGCUAAGCGCGGAGGCGGGGCUGCCGGGGGUCGCGACUGGCAUGCUUGCUUUGCGGCUGUGCCCAAGAGCUUAAGGACGAUGUACAUUCAUGCGCACCAGUCUUACAUUUGGAACAGGCUUGCGUCGGAGAGGGUUAAGCGGUUCGGGCUCGAAAAUGUCGUUGAGGGCGACUACGUUCUCCUCGAGGGAAGCGAUGAAGAGGCUGCAGGAGGUGAUGGGGACGACAGAGCCGAAGACAACGACGACGACGACGAUGCUGCCAACGGCGAGGGCUCAAAGGACGACGGGCAGCCAUCAGUCAUCGCCCCUGCAAGCAAGCAAACAAUCACCGAGCUCCCCAAAGUCAAGAUACUCACCGCAGAAGAGGCCGCCUCCGGUCGCUGGACGAUCCACGAUGUGGUGAUCCCAUCGUGCGGAUACCACGUUCAGCUGCCCGCCAACUCGUGGAUGACACCGGUGCACGACGCUCUUCUGAAGGCUGACGGGCUGACCAUGGAGCAGCUGACGUCUACCCGCCGCGCACUCGAUCUAACGCUCAGGGGCACGUACAGGCGUCUGCUCCAUCGACCCAAGAAUGUCGAAUACGGUUUCAUUAAGUACGACGACGCGACGGUCGCCCUCAAUCAGAGCGAUGAGGAUCGUGUUCUCGGCAUCGACCCGGCGCCGCCUGCUUUCCCUACUGUCAAGGAGGCCGAGGACGCGUACACCGCCAGUGCAGCCGCAAGCGACAGGGGCGAUGGAGAGAGCGUCACUGCAUCUGCGCCGUCUCUUGCACUCAAGGUCACCUUCGAGCUUGGAACGGCCGCCUACGCCACGAUGGCCUUGCGCGAGCUCACCAAAGUCGACACCUCUUCUGCUCAUCAGAAGACGCUCUCCGCCGGCAAUGAGCAACAACAGCAGCUACGCGGUGGGAAUGGCGGUGGACCUGCUCCUCAUGUCAAUUGGCUCGGCGUAAGCGUUAGGCGCGGCGAGAAGGUCAACGAGGUUGCGCUAAAGAAGGGGAGCAAGCAGCGUGUCUGGGGAGCAAAGAAGGAGGGGGACGACGGUACGGCAGCAGCAGCAGCUGCAGAGUCCAGCGAGCAGCCUGAAGAGGGCGCAGAUGGUCAGACGAGCAUCGACGGCAACAAGCCUGGCGUGACGACCACUGUGUCUGAUGCAUUUCGGCGCGAGAUGGAGGCGCUGAAGAGGGGUGAGCGCGGCGAGGCAGGGACGGGAGGUGACGAUGGUGAUGCGGAGGAUGCCAUGGCUAACCCGUGAUGGCGAACAGAGGGAAGACAGGCUACGGAGCACCAUUCAUAGCAGCAGACUGUGCAAUCAAAUAGACUAGCAGACGCG